CUUCAAAGCAAGCGAAUUCGUUUUCCUCUCAACGUCACGCGCCCUUCCCCGGGAACCCGGCGACUCAACGCCUCUACCGUACCGCAUUACCCUACUCUUCCUUCCCCCUUCUAUCAUGCGGCCGCCACUCUUCGUCUUCCUCUUUCUCUCUCUUCGUUCCCGCUUUGACCCUUUUCACCUGUUCUUCCUCUUCCUCUUCUCCGGCUACUCGCCGUUCCUUCUCCGAUGGGGGAUUUGCGCGACUCUCUCUCGCCUCCUGCGAACCAUUCGCGCCCGAUGGCCGUCCGCGAAGAUUGCUGGACCGAGGAAGCUACCUCCACCCUCGUUGACGCUUGGGGUCGCCGUUAUUUACAGCUCAACCGCGGCAACCUCCGUCAGAAGGACUGGCAGGAUGUCGCUGACGCUGUCAACGUUCUCCAUGGUCAUACCAAGAAGACGCAUCGGACAGAUGUUCAGUGCAAGAACCGCAUUGAUACUAUUAAGAAGAAGUAUAAGUCUGAGAAGAAUAGGGUUUCCUCCCCAAACGGGUCUCCUUCCGCCUGGCCCUUCUUCGAUCGCUUAGACAUUUUGAUUGGGCCCGCUUUGAGUGCGAAAAGGGCGUCCUCGUUGCCUUCGGUGGCUCUUCCUUUGCCGUCUCGUAAAACCCCGUCCCCCGCAUCUGCGGUGCCCGCGACGGCCUUAGCACUACCGCAGAAGCGGUCGGCGGCAGCACUAUUAGAGGAUGGAUACUUCAGGAGGAAUUAUUCAGCUAUGGCAGCUGCGGCAGCUGCAGCAGAGGCUGAUGAUGAUGAGGAGGAAGAGGAGGAGGAGGGGGAUGAUGAAGAUGAAGAGAGGGUAAGCGAGGUUGAGGAAGGAGAGAGGGAGAAGGGAGGGGUGAGGAUGUUGGCAAAAGCAAUAGAGAGGUUUGGGGAAGUUUAUGAGAGAAUGGAGAGAGAAAAAUUGAGGCAGAUGGUGGAUUUGGAGAAACAGAGGAUGCAGUUUACUAAAGAUCUGGAAGUACAAAGGAUGCAGAUGUUUAUGGAAACGCAGGUUCAGCUGGGGAGGGUCAAACGCGGGAAGCGAUCUGGGUCUAAUGAUAUCCUGCAAGAAAGCAUAUUUACGAGCUAGGAGGAAAGGAAUUCCAUCUGAAUUUGAACAGUGGCUCCUUGGUGUGUGCUGGCAGUAUGUUCAGUAGAUGCCGUUAAUUUUUUCAGAUAUGUAUUGCUAGCCAAGUGCCCCAAGGUUUGACGGUGGUUUCUGAUUUGGAAGGCUUUUUGGGAUUCUGCUUCUUAAAGUAUAAUCCUCUGGCUCUGGUAAUGUAUCUCUUAAGCUGCUGAUAGGGAUGCCAUCAUCAGGGAAUACCAGCUAAACUUUGUCAUAACUUCAGAUUCUUUUAGCUGCAUUUUUGUCUGUACGUACGCGUCCCUUAACUGUAACUCGUUCCAAGUAGAGCUCUGAUAUACAAUGUCUAAUGUAGGUCACCACUGUUUCUAACAAGCUUUCCAGUUUCCACUCUUCCAGUAAGCUUGAGAUAAUUAAUAGGGGAAUGAUAUUUCUUCCAAAAGUUGAAGGGGAAGUAUGUGUAGUGAUCAGUGUUACCUUUUCUUUUCGUCUUCGUCUUUUUUCCUACUAACGUGUAGUGUUAUCUUCUAAUUUAACUAGUUAAUAAAUUUGAAAUACGUUUACGGUUUA